CCAAAUUGCCGUUCAAGGCCUUCGCUUCAAUCUCAUGAUCUCAUCCCCCUUCGGCCCUUCUCUCCCCCCUCCGAACCGGCGAACCCUAGCCACCCUGAUCACUUCCCAGCUCGAACCCGCUGCGGCGCGAGUCCUCGGCAGUGCGGCAGCUGAUCCUGCGGUCAAGGCGGCGGCGGCGGCGGCUAGAUGGUGCUGGUGUCUGGCGGCGGGGGGAAUGCGUGGGCUAAGGAGAUGACGAUCCGCCGCAAGAUGGCCAGCAUAUUCAACAAGACGCGGGAACAUUUCCCUACUCUGAAGGACUACAACGAUUAUCUGGAAGAAGUUGAGGAUAUGACUUUCAACCUGAUCGAAGGAAUAGAUGUCGAUGCGAUCGAAGCUAAAAUUGCAAGAUACCAGAAAGAAAAUUCAGAGCAGAUAGUCUUGUCCCGAGCAAAAAGGGCUGAAGAUCUUGCGGCAGCACUUAAAGCAAGCAGGAUGAACCCUGUAAAGACCGACGCCGACGAUACGGAUGUUGGGAGUUCCCAGGGUAUUAGUGGUGGGGCAGGAUUUCAGGGCCAGUAUGCGCCUGCUGCUGUUCCUGGUGGGAUGGGUCAGCCUCGUCCCACAGGUAUGCCCCCUCAACCAAUUGGCGGUCGGUCAGAUCCUCUUCAAGGAGAUGACGAGGAGACCAGGAGACUGCGUGCAGAGAGAGCAGCACGAGCAGGCGGAUGGACUAUUGAAUUGAGUAAGAGGAGAGCGAUGGAGGAGGCGUUUAGCGCCAUAUUCAUCUAGAUCAGAUCAAAGGCAGCACCUGGCCUGGAGGAAAGCCAGUACUAUACUUAAGAUGGCCUUUGAACAAUUACACGACAUUGGAUGCUCUGUAUUUUAUCUUCUGUGUAUGGAGUUCUUGCUGAGGGUAUUUUAUCAAGCGGCCUUGUGGUUGCAAAAGCUUGCUUUCUUUGCAAGCUGGGAAUUUGCACAUUGUUGUACCUUGUCAGUAUCAGGUCAUCGUGACAGUCAGACUUGUAACUGUGCCUUACUGUCAAUUGUAACUGUGCCUUCGUAAGGUCAAGAUAAGCUUUAAGAGCCUCGCUGCCUCUCGAACAUAAACAAAUUUUGUCCUGUAAUAUUUCUUUUUGUCAGAAUUUUAGUUGAAUCCAAUCCUGUGGCCUAUUGUGACU